AUGAUUCAAUUUAAAGGCGCUACGCAAUCUCAGUUGGUGUUCGUAAAUGCAGCUGGUAUAAUGUUAGGCGGAUCAUCGACUGGAGGAACAAACUAUAAUUUGGAUGGUAUUGAAAAAACAGCCAACAAUAUCGCAAAAUGGAUUCGAGAAGCAGCCACCAAUCACAAGAUUCAACUUCCUCUUAAAGGAUUAGGACUGGGCUUGUCUGGGGCUGAGGGAGAACGAGAUAACGCCAAGUUUGUUGCAUAUCUCAAAACUCAUCAUGGCGAUGUGGCUCAAGAAGUAUUUCUAACAUCUGAUUCUGUCGCAACCGUUGCAUCUACUUUUGAUCGUGGAGGAAUAGUAUUGAUUGCUGGCACUGGAUCUUCAUGCCGCGUCCUCCUAGAUGAUGGUCGUGUGUUUGGUGUUGGCGGUUGGGGACAUCUAAUUGGUGAUGGUGGAAGUGCAUUUUGGAUAGCAUCCAGGUAA